AUGGGUGCGUUGCUGUCUUUGCCGCUGAUGGCGGUGCCGAGCAUGGGCACGGUCAUAGGUUUCGCCGCCAGUUGCUGCGGUGCGGCAACAUGCUCAGCUGUCUGUAGUGCCUGCGGAAAAUGCGGCAACAGUGUCGCUACGCGUAUCGGCUACGCCCUCAUACUUCUCGUCAACUCGAUUCUGUCCUGGAUAAUGCUUACUCCGUGGGCCAUAAAGAAGCUUGAACAUCUCAUGCUCGACUACGUCAAGAUUGACUGCCCUAAUGGCCAGUGUUACGGUUGGAUGGCUGUCCACCGCUUCAACUUCGCCCUCGGUCUCUUCCAUCUCAUCUUUGCUGGCCUCCUCUUCGGCAUCACGUCUUCCAAGAACCCGCGCGCCGCUAUUCAAAACGGAUACUGGGGCCCAAAGGUUAUUGUUUGGCUCGCUUUUGUUGUCCUUUCCUUCCUGAUACCCGACGAGUUCUUCCAGUUUUACGGCGCCUAUAUCGCCCGCUUCGGGGGAAUGCUGUUCCUCAUCCUCGGUCUCAUCCUACUUGUUGAUCUCGCACAUAACUGGGCCGAAUACUGCCUCGAGCAAAUUGAGGAAACCGACUCUAAGGUCUGGCGGACAGUACUCAUUGGCUCAACCUUGGGCAUGUACCUCGCUUCGCUCGCCAUGACCAUUGUCCAGUACAUCUUCUUUGCUGGGUCUGGCUGCUCCAUGAACCAGGCGGCCAUCACCAUCAACCUCUUACUAUGGCUCGGCAUCUCGUUCAUCUCGGUUCACCCCACGGUUCAGGAGUAUAACCCUAAGGCUGGGUUAGCCCAGGGCGCCAUGGUAGCAGUCUACUGCACUUACCUGACCAUGUCCGCCGUCUCAAUGGAGCCGGAUGACAAGCUAUGCAACCCUCUAGUUCGUGCGCAAGGCACUCGAACAACCUCGGUUGUUAUUGGUGCUGUUGUAACCAUGCUUACCAUCGCCUACACUACCACGAGGGCUGCGACCCAGAGUCUUGGACUGGGUUCCUCGGGCGGCAUCCGUCUUCCCGAGGAGGACGAACACGAUCUCGUCACCCAGCAGCCUAAUGGCCACAAGCAAAUGCGAGCCGAGGCCUUGCGCCGCGCCGUCGAAGAGGGCAGUUUGCCGGCAGACGCCCUUUUGUCUGAUGACGAGAGCGACGCCGGCGGUACCCACACUCACGGCGACGACGAGCGCACGAGGACCCAAUACAACUACACAGUGUUCCACAUCAUCUUCUUCCUAGCUACAACCUGGAUCGCUACCUUGCUGACCCAGAGCUACGACGACCAGAAUGCCGAUGGCAACUUUGCCCCCGUUGGCCGAUCUUACUGGGCUAGUUGGGUUAAGAUCGUGAGCGCCUGGGUUUGCUAUGCCAUGUAUGCUUGGACAUUGGUAGCUCCGGUCAUUCUCCCAGACCGCUUCGACUUUUCAUGA